AUGUCUUCUCCAUCAAAACAGAACUCUUGCACGAUACCUGCAAAGAAAUCAGCUCUGAAAGAAACUGUAGAUCUCCUUCGCGUACAAGCCAAAAUGCAGCGGAUGAAAGUAUCCAGAUCAGCCGAGGAAAUAAUGAACUACUGUUUAGAAAAUGCUCGGGACGAUUGCCUUCUUCAAGGGAUUCCUGCGGGCGGAAACCCGUACAAGGAAGGAAAAAAUUGCCCGAAAUGGGGUCAUUGCCAGACAGACAGUGAUGUCACAGAUUGUAUGGAUCGUCACAGCCGCUGCGGAGACUGGGCACGAGACGGAGAGUGUGUGGUAAACGCCCCUUAUAUGCGCAAAAAGUGCCCGCGAUCUUGUGGUCUGUGUACUCACGGAGCAAACGGGCGAGGAGGUCCAUGCAAGUUUCCAUUCUUCUACAAAAAUAGAUUUGUGUAUGACUGUCUAAAAUUCAAUAGGAAGACUUGGUGUGCGACGACAACUAAUUAUAACAAGGACAAGAGAUGGGGCUACUGUUUUCCCAAGUUAUUUCGUAAUAUAAAGGCGGUUAACAGGAAAUUUUUUCAUUGGGGAGAAUGUGAUGAUCAACACCAAGAUUGCGUGACGUGGGCGAGUAAAGGAUUGUGUGACGAAGAACCUGAAAAGAUGCAUUCUUGGUGUCCCUGGAGCUGUCAUAAAUGUGCGCCCGAGCUAAUGGUCACAUACAAGGGGUGCAAAGAUUUUACCUCAUCCUGCAAGGUCUGGGCCGAAGCUGGAGACUGCCUGGAUAAACCAGUUUUCAUGUUUGCAUUCUGUCGCUGGACUUGCAAGCACUGCGCUAAAACAUCAAUUCCCACGACAGGGCGUGAUAGAAUGCCACAGGAAUGCCAAACCUGGGUUAAAGAUGGUGACUGCUUCCUUCACCAAGAAUUUAUGUUACAGAAUUGUAGAGAGUCUUGUUUGGCCGGUGGAUAUGUGAAAGGUAGAAUGUGUUUGGACCGCGUAGCAGAUUGCCAUGAUUUGGCCAGAGAAGGGUACUGCAGAGAACCAACAAGCCGACAUAUCAUGAAAAAAUACUGCAAAUACAGCUGCAAAUGGUGUAGAUAAAUGUUUUCCUAGAUGGCUGGAUACCGUUAGAACGCAGAUAUGAAGCGCCAAAAGGAAGUCCGGUUCAUCUGUUUUCGUGAUCGUCAUCUUAAGAGAGGCUAAUUUUAUAGAAAGUUAAUUCUAGGAAUACGCCAAGCCUUUAAGAUCUUUUGUUGUUUUGACCCGCAAGAUAUUACCGAGCCAAGUCUUAGUCUCUAUUCUCGCGAUCACAUGUACAUAU